ACGAGCUUUGGCGCCCAGCCCCUUUCGUUCCCAGCAGGCCCUGGGCGCGGCAAGAUGGUGUCGUCUAGGUGGUGGUCUUGAGGCGAACAGAUCGGUAUGGCGUUGGCGUCCGGGCCCGCAAGGCGGGCGCUGGCUGGCUCCGGACAGCUCGGCCUUGGGGGCUUCGGGGCCCCGAGACGCGGGGCGUAUGAGUGGGGCGUGCGCUCCACGCGGAAGCCGGAGCCUCCUCCCCUGGAUAGGGUGUACGAGAUCCCUGGACUGGAGCCCAUCACCUUUGCAGGGAAGAUGCACUUCGUGCCCUGGCUGGCGCGGCCGAUCUUUCCGCCCUGGGACCCGCGCUACAGGGACCCAAGGUUCUACCGCUCGCCCCCUCUUCACGAGCAUCCGCUGCACAAAGAGCAGGCCUGCUAUAUCUUUCACCAGCGUUGCCGCCUUCUCGAGGGUGUAAAGCAGGCCCUCUGGCUCACCAAGACCAAGUUAAUAGAAGGCCUUCCCGAGAAAGUGCUUAGCCUUGUUGAUGAUCCAAGGAACCACAUAGAGAACCAAGACGAGCGUGUUCUGAAUGUGAUCUCGCAUGCCCGUCUCUGGCACACCACUGAGGAAAUCCCCAAGAGAGAGACCUACUGCCCGGUCAUCGUGGACAAUCUAAUACAGCUGUGUAAAUCUCAGAUUCUCAAGCAUCCUUCUCUGGCCAGGCGGAUCUGUGUCCAAAACUCCACGUUUUCUGCUACCUGGAACCGAGAGUCUCUUCUCCUUCAAGUCCGUGGUUCUGGUGGAGCCCGACUGAGCACUAAGGAUCCUUUGCCCACCAUCGCCUCCACAGAGGAGGUUGAAGCUACUAAGAACCAUGUUCUAGAGACCUUCUACCCCAUAUCACCUAUCAUCGAUCUUCAUGAAUGCAAUGUUUAUGACGUGAAAGAUGACACAGGAUUCCGGGAAGGCUAUCCUUACCCCUAUCCCCAUACCCUGUACUUACUGGACAAAGCCAAUUUACGACGGGGCCGCUUUCAGCCAGAUCAGCUGCAGGCCAAGAUGAUCCUGUUUGCUUUUGGCAGUGCCCUGGCUCAGGCCCGGGUCCUCUAUGGGAAUGAUGCCAAGGUCUUGGAGCAGCCUGUGGUGGUACAGAGUGUGGGCACAGAUGGACGUGUCUUCCAUUUCCUGGUGUUUCAACUGAAUACCACAGACCUGGCCUCUAACGAGGGUGUCAAGAAUUUGGCCUGGGUGGACUCAGACCAGCUCCUCUAUCAGCAUUUUUGGUGUCUCCCAGUGAUCAAAAAGAGAGUGGUUGUGGAACCUGUUGGGCCAGUUGAUUUCAAGCCAGAGACAUUCAGAAAGUUUUUAGCUCUUUAUUUGCACGGUGCUGUGUGAGCUGAGGACCCCUCUGAAUCCUGAAACCCCCCCUUGCCUCUCUUCCACAGAAGAGGGCCUGGGGCCCGUGGAGCCUCAGUGCCCGUUUGGCCUGCUACUCUUGCUGACAAUAAAGAGCCCUUGCGUUGCACUGAA